AUGGCGCUCAAACCCUGGAGACCCUGGCCCAACCGUCAUCCGCACCUUCCUCUACACCAACGUCUCCCUCCUCCUCGCCAACGAACGGCCAUCUCCACCGCCGAAGGUCUCCGUCCGACGAAGGUCUCUUCGAGCUAUCCUCGGUCGUCGUCUCCCUCUUCUCGCUCUCUGUUCGAGCCCACUUCCCGUCCUCCGUCGCGGUCUCUUCCCAUUGGAUGCGUUUGUUACAGGCUUGAAGCUGUAUGGAACACUGCAAAAGUUGAAUCAGGGUCAAUUGUUGCUGUUUUUGGCCUUGGAACUGUUGGUCUUGCUGUUGCAGAGGGUGCAAAAAGUGCUGGUGCAUCUCGUAUUAUUGGCAUUGAUAUUGACGGCAAGAAAUUUGAUACAGCGAAGAACUUUGGAGUCACCGAGUUUAUUAAUCCUAAAGAACAUGAUAAACCAAUUCAGCAGGUCAUAGUUGAUCUUACGGAUGGCGGAGUUGAUUAUAGUUUUGAGUGCAUUGGGAAUGUCUCCGUCAUGAGAGCUGCUCUGGAAUGCUGCCACAAGGAAUUUGCUCUGCAUUCAACAGUAUACACCAUACACACCUUUUUCUCCUCAGGUUUGUUGUUUCCAGUGUUGCUAAAUGCUAAGGGAUUACUUGAUUAUUAAAAGUUAUUGUUAUCAAAGCUGAGGAUCAAAAGGAACCAAUAUGUCAAGGCAAAGGAUAAAUUGACAUCACAACUCUAAAGUUAGUUUAGAGUUAGUUACAACUAAUCUUGGCUAAUCUUUAGCUCCUAGAAGUACUUAGUGUUAGUAUAUAUAUCAUUGUUUAGAAUUGAGAUCGAGACAAGUGUAUUCACUCAAGUAUAUUAAUUUGUGUUGUUUGAACUAAAAAUAUAUCUAGCUUAUAAUAUAAAUUUUAUAAUUUAGAUGUC